CAAUCAGUAAAGACUGAUUUGCAUACAGCACACAGAAGACAAGAUAAAUCCAGACUAUUUCACAUCAGUGACCAUGAUUUAGUCGCAAUUACAACCAAAUGGAUACCAUGCUUAUUAAGCAAAUUCCUUCAAAUUUAAUUGCAACCCCUCCCUUUCAUUUUCUUGAAAAAUUUAAUAGCCCCCCCUUCUAGUAAUUUAUUUAUACAUAUGGCCCCCCUACUCAUUUUUCCCUCCCCCCCCUUCCAUAAAUAAUGACCGGUCCCUAAAUUCACAAGAAUGUCCAGAGUUUGUCACAAUGUAAAAUCCAAAGAAAUCGUUGACACUUGUCGGACACAUUUUGCCCACUCAAUAACUAGCCGCUUAUUUUGACACACAACUGUAUAGUUCACUGGAGUGCUGCACUCUGAACUUGGACAUUUAUAAUAUGAAUGAAGAGUUUGGAUAUUUAUAGUAAUAAAAAUUAUAUUUCUUUAGACAUUGAUGAAUGUAUCAACGAACCUAAUUCGAAUUGCUCAGAAGACGCUAUAUGCAAUAAUACAAUCGGAUCCUAUCAAUGUAUUUGUAAAAAUGGCUAUCUAGGCGAUGGAAUACAAUGUGGUUAGUAUACUGUUUUAUGACUUGCAUUACGCGGAUGCUAAGGUAUAUACUGUACGUAUUUUAUUCAGGUACAUAAAUUAUCCACACGAUAUUCCCUUCUAAAAAAUAGUGGUACUUAUUUUUCUAUUUGUGAAUGCCUAGUGAUAUUUUUUAUUUCUUACAAUCUGAUUGGCUGCAGGAGCGCGCAGGUAUUCACGUUAUUUUGACCGUGGUCCAAAAGAUUUAUUUUUAGCGAGAAACCAAACAGUGAAGACAAUUUUCAAACUCGAAACACUACCCCAAAUGUUGAAAAAAUCCACCCUAUAUUGAUACUAAAGAUAGUAAAACUGUGAACUGACCUCAGUUGCCUUAGUGCCAAGUCCAAAAUGUACUUUUUGCCGAUCAAAACGUUAUGGUCGGAGUUCGCCUGUGAAUAUUAAUGUAUGCAUAAUGUUAUUCUACGCGUACAGAUAAGAAUUGCAUUAGGAAUCGAAAAUAAAAAAUCGGGCACCGUCGGUCGAUGACGAAUAUCAUUUAAAUUCAUCGUGUCAAAUUUCGCGACGAUCGGACUCCAAAUGAAGUCGCCUAUGGCUUUUUUCGAAGAGCGUCGCCCCCUAACAACAACGACAAGAUUAGAAUGGAUGGGGGACCAGUUCCUGGUCAAAAAUUUAAAGAAUUACCUUAAUUAAACGGCAGUUUAAGCAUGAAUCUUCCGCUUAUUGGACCUUUCACCUUAUAACUAAAAUUUUGUUUUAGACAAAAAUUGCAUCACAGCUUGAAAGAGCAUUGCAAAAUUAGUAAUAUUCCAUAGACCAGGCGGAACAGGGGGGAAUGGUCCCCCGACGGGGAAAUUUAUGGGACCACGUGGAUUUGGUCAAUUUGGGGGCGUUGAGUUUGAAAAUUGAUGGUAUAGAGGCUUUGGGCUGGGCCUUAUGCCUCGUUUUCGCGAUUAAAGCCUCGUUUUUGGCGCCAUAUUCCGGCAUAUUCCGCCAUAUUCCGUGAUAUUGCGGCAUUCCGCGGGGUUUUCACAACGCCCGUCACGGGCCUUGUCUUUGUUUACUGUCUAGCACAACGCCGUUGUUAACGGUGUUGUCAAACUCGUGUUUAGUGCAACGAUUACUCUACCAGAUCUUACGAGAAUCAAUCUGUAUUAUUCUGUACACAGAACUGUAUCAAAGCUUGUCAAAAAUGCUUUAAACACUGCUUAACUGUGAAACUAUUGAAAUCUAAAGUGACAUUAUUCAACACAUGCGAAAAGCUGAAAAUAGACAAACGUCACACUGGGAAAACCCAAAGGUCAAUGAGACUUGUUAUUGUGAAACAUGUCACAAUUAGGUUAAAAUGUGGAAGCGGAUGGAGCGGAUCCACGGAACGGAUAUGCGGAUAAAAUACGGAACGGAUGAGGAUAAAAUGCGUCUUUCUAAUGAUGUAACGACGUAGAAAUCUGUGCGACGUAGUGCUUAUUAUUCAUAACAUAUCUUAUACAGCUAUUUCAAUUAUAGUUUAUUAGAUAAAUUUAGCAUACAGCUGUAAAUGCAAAUGGAAAUUUAGAAUAUGCAAAAUUUGUUUGUUGGUGAAACAAUUUAAAUUUCGAAUUGUCGCGUGUAGCAUCACAAUAAUAGAUAAAUUGCAUCAGUUUCACAAGGCACGUUUCUGAUGUGUUAGGCUUGUUUCAAACGUCACGCUACUUGUGUGCCGAGCGUAUUAAAAACAAUAAAUAAUGAGAUGAAGUGCCUUUGGUAACUGUUUAUUUCGUAGUGUAAGCCGUCAGCUUUUCUAGGUUGUCGGCGACCCUAUAUAGUUCUUGCAGUGUCUUGUUCAAUUUGAAACUUCAUACUUUCCUUGGAUCCCUAGUUUAGGAAAAAUUGGCUUACACAAUUUUUCCUAAUUUUAAUUUUCUUCCUUGGGAAAUUCCGAGGAUCGAAUUUAUGUUAUUUAUCGUGUUUUUUGCUUCUAUAUAUAGAAGAUAUAAACGAAUGUACAGCCACACCCCCUAAAUGUACAGGUGAAGACAAAAGAUGUACCAACUAUCCAGGAGCAUAUCGCUGUAACUGCAUCAGUCCCAGACAACAACUUACGAAGGACGAGUCAGCAUGUAUUAGUAUGUAUGAAACUUAACUUUGCAAGACCGCCCGGUGAGAAUUGGGCAUCUUUAGCGCGAUUUUCUGAUGAACAGUAAUAUUCGAUAUGUGGUUGAAUAAAAUAAUUUAGUGUAUGACAAAACGUUUAAAAACGUUUAAAUUAACAGUCCACAUUUUAAAACUUCUAUUCUCCUCAGCAGAUAAACGCAUUCGCUCAGAUUUUUCGCCAUUUUAUCUGCCUUCAUAUUUCAAGUUGAUACACAAUUACCGCUAAGCGUGUUUGGAAGGGAGAUUUUUCAGUGGACGAAGUCUGAUAUAGUCAGAUUAUUUUUACCAUUUAUUAUUAUUUUGUUUCAACUCGGCGAAUUGGUUAUUUUAAUCAAUCUGUUUUACAGUGCAGUUUGGGGUAAAUUAAUCAUCCACUAAUUCGUGUUUCCAGUUAACGAAUGCUUUUCUAAAUAGAUCUAUCUGUGCUGUACACACGCUCUGUUCAACGUUAAAGGAUCAGUGUUAUACCAUGGUAUAGCACGCGUGAUCAAAUUCCCGAGUUUAGAUGGCCAUUUGUACCAUCCUUUGAGUACCUUGCUUCUUUUGUUUGACUCCUAUUGGAAAUGUACCAAACAAUGUAUUUUUAUCGUAAUUUGUUGAUAUGGGGUGAGAUAAAAACAAUAACAGAAGCCCCGCCAUAUCGCGAUGUGACACUAAUCCAUUAAGUAUUUAAACUUCAACAUAUUUAAUUAAUUCAAACUAACUUCCAUGCAUCCAUUAUUCUUCCUAGAUGUUAGCGCGUCUGUUCGUGGUGAAAUUCAAAUUAUAAAUCUUCCAUUCAUACCGGCUUAUAGUGAUACAAGUAGUUCAGAAUAUUUUGAAACUACGCAAAGAAUAACAUCUCAGGUAUGGAUAUUUCAGUUCUGGUAAAAAAUAGGGCAA